AUAAAAUGGCGGACGGCACAGAAGUUUAAUUAAUAUAUUUUCUGUGUCCCGCAACUUCAAUCUCCAUUGGUAUUACUAUCUAAUCUGUGCCUCUAUAAUCGCUAUGGGGGAUGAAAACAUGUUUUAUUGUUCAUUUGUUAGUAUACAUUAUAUAAUCUGUGAAUGUGGCGAGACAUUUCCUUCUGAGGAAGCAUUGAAAAACCAUUUGGAAACCGAACACAAAUACAAUUCUGAAAAAAAGGACAUAUCCAUUUCGAAGGACAAGACAGAUGAUCCAACAUGUCAAACAAAACAAUUUGUACAGAUCAAACUAGAGGACCACAACGCGCUAAACUUCGACAGCGGCACACUGAAGUUGGAGAAGAAGAUCGUCAAACUGGAGAACAACGUACUCACGCUGCAGGACCAUGAGGACGCUAAGAGAAUGGUCAAGCUGGACCCCAGGGUCCGCAACCUGAAGAAGGAGCGACCAGAGAAGGUCACCUACCAUAACAUACAGAAUAUAGUCUGUGAGAUGUGCGGGAAACGAUAUGCGUCAAAUGCAGCCCUACGAUAUCACCAAAGAAUCCACACUGGCGAGCGCCCUUACCAGUGUUCGUACUGUCCUAAGACAUUCACAAUGCCUCUGUUCCUACAGAUUCAUCUGCGUACGCACACGGGGGAGCGGCCGUAUCCCUGUCCUCUAUGUCCAAAGGCCUUCAGCAAUCGAGCGGCACUGCUCAGACACAAUAGGGUCCACACGGGGGCAAAGCCCUACGAGUGCCCCAAAUGUGGUAAGACAUUCACACAGUCGAAUUCAAUGAAACUACACGUGCAUACCGUUCAUCUAAAGAUGCCAGCGCCGUACAAAUCCAAGAGAAGACGGGAGGAGAGCAAAGCGAGAGAGCUCAGGUUGUUAGCACAGCAGAGCAUAGCAGAGAAUGGUGUUGAGUACGAUGUAGAGGUUGACAUGAAGACGGAAGCGUCGGAGUUGUGUAUAGUGAAACCGGAAGUGGAUUUGUAUCAGGAGGAAGUUGAAGAAGCGGAAGUGCUCUAUGGUAUCGAUAUGGAGGAUGAGGGCGUGACGUACGAAGUUGUCUAUGAAGAAGAGUGAUGGUUUUGCUAUUUAUGAAACGUAAAGUAUGACUGACCCGGUGGUUUAGCGGUGUAGCGCUUUGCUUCCGAUGGUCGGUGUUCGAUUCCUUGCACGGUAUAUACAUUUGUGUUCAUGAGUAUGAUUAUCUGGAUGUUUCCUAUUUACAUUAUGUAUGUAUUUAAAAAAUAUAUCAGUUGUCUAGUA